AUGGACUUACUUAUUGAACAGAAAUUUAUUAGUAGCAGUCAAGACACAGGAGUGUUUGACGAGUUUUCACUAAUUUCUAAGUAUAUAACAGCUCAAAAAAUAUACGCCUGGAACACCGGGAAAAUACCUACUGAAAAUCGUCGGGUGGAAGUAUUUACGCACUUUAAUGCUAAUGAUCUCUCACAAGUGAAUUUUUCUAUAAUUAUUGAAUACAUUUUGUGUCUGCCAGGCAGUAACGCUCCAGUUGAAAGAGUGUUCUCUCUUAUGAAUAAAAUAUGGAGCAGCGAAAAAAGUCAGUUGGGAGUCGGUGUAUUAAAAGCCAUUCUUAUCACAAAGGGUAUAUCAACAAAUCAUGUCAAGAGUUCCAUACUUACAUAA